CCAGCAAGUGAGGGCCCUCCAGAACCACCAAGUCAAGCUCUUCUCAUGCUGCGUAAUGAUACGGAAAUGCAAAUACGCCAUCAUUUUGUGACCCAUGUUGUGAAAAUUGGAAAGAGGAAGUUGUGCUUUGCUGUUGCAUGAAGUUCGGCCCCGGAGGAAACAAACACUAGCCUGGAAGAACGGUGAGCGCUUGCCCUUGUGCCCCUUUCCUGUUCUGACCCCCACCCCAAUUCCAAGGCAUGAGGCACCCCACUGAGUUCUCAGCAGUGAAGACAGAGGACCCCAGCUACAUCAGUGACUACCAGAGCAUUUCCCAGGCUGAGACCCUGAGUGAGGAAGGAAACAUGUAAAGAAGCUCCUGGAAGAAGAAUAUCUGGGUUAGGUCCCAAAUGGUUCCAGUUCAAACCUGCUAGGCAAAAGAUCUCCAGGGAGUCCACACCUCGGCUGGCCAAUCCGGGGACCCAGCAGGAAGCAGACACUCGCCUGUCAACCUUCAGUGCCCUCACGGAGAGGGCGUGGCAUCAGCUAAGGGCCUCCCACAGAGUCCACGGAGUUCUGCUUCCAGGAUGGAAUCGAGUGAGAGAUCCUCAAUGUCCCCGGAAGCUGUUACCCCUUUAGGGGUGCCCAGUGCUGAGCCUGGCAGCUCCUCCCUAGGGAAACUUCGAGAGCUUCCCAUUGGAAUUGGCACCCACCAAGGGGACCCUGACAGCCCGGCUGCAGCAGGAGAUGGCCCUUCCAACACCUGCCCCUUGGGGGAGCCAAGAACCAUCAUGAAGAUCCCCAACCGGGACAGUGGGAUCGACAGCCCGUCCUCCAGUAUCACCUGUGAGAACUUCCCCUGUGAGGAGGGCAGUGAGAUCCCCCCAGGUCCUACCAUGCUGACACUGCACCCUGAGACCGCUGUGGACAGUCAGGCGUCACAGGACAGCCCCCAGGAGGAGGCUGACAGUGAUGUGGGCGAGGAGCCUGACCCUGCGAGGGGCGAGGAGGACAUCGGCCUGGCCCAGUGUUCUGACCCGCAGAAGCUGUUCCACAUUGCCCAGGAACUCCUGCACACCGAGGAGACCUACGUGAGGCGGCUGCACCUGCUGGACCAGGUUUUCUGCACCACACUGAGGAAAGCGGGGAUCCCCUCAGAAGUCACCACUGGCAUCUUCUCCAACAUCUCCUCCAUCUACCGCUUCCACGGCCAGUUCCUGCUGCCUGAGCUGCAGCGGCGGAUCACGGAGGAGUGGGACACAAACCCCCGACUUGGGGACAUCUUGCAGAAGCUGGCUCCAUUCCUGAAGAUGUAUGGAGAGUACGUCAAGAACUUUGACCGGGCAGUGGGGCUGGUGAGCACGUGGACCCAGCGCUCGCUGCCAUUUAAGGAUGUUAUCCACAGCAUCCAGAAGCAGGAUGUGUGUGGGAACCUGACGCUGCAGCACCACAUGCUGGAACCCGUGCAGAGGGUCCCCCGCUACGAGCUGCUGCUCAAGGACUAUCUGAAGAGGCUCCCUAGGGAUGCCCCAGACUGGAAGGAUGCCGAGAGGUCCCUAGAGCUCAUUUCCACAGCUGCCAACCACUCCAAUGCCGCCAUUCGGAAAAUGGAGAAAAUGCACAAGCUCCUGGAGGUGUAUGAGCAGCUGGGUGGGGAGGAAGACAUCGUCAACCCCGCCAAUGAGCUGAUCAAGGAGGGCCACAUUCAGAAGCUGUCAGCCAAGAAUGGCACCGCCCAGGACCGCCACCUCUUCUUGUUCAACAGCAUGGUCCUCUACUGUGUGCCCAAACUGCGACUCAUGGGCCAGAAGUUCAGUGUCAGGGAGAAAAUGGACAUCUCUGGUCUCCAGGUGCAGGACAGUGUCAAGCCAAAUGCAGCACACACGUUCAUCCUCACGGGAAGGAAAAGGUCCCUGGAGCUGCAGGCCCGGACAGAAGAAGAGAAGAAAGAAUGGAUUCAGGUCAUCCAGGCCACCAUUGAGAAGCACAAGCAGAACAGCGAGACCUUCAGGGCGUUCAGCAGCGCCUGCAGCCUGGACGAGGACCCCGGCCUCUCCCCAGACUCUCCGAUGAUGAGCACAAGCUCCGUGGAACCUGCAGUGGUGACUGAUGGCAGUGGAGGUGCUAUAGGGCUCGAGUCCAGAAAACUCUCCUCCAAGGCCAGACGUGACAAGGAGAAGCAGAGCUGUAAGAGCUGUGGGGAGACCUUCAACUCCAUCACCAAGAGGAGACACCACUGCAAGCUGUGCGGGGCUGUCAUCUGUGGGAAGUGCUCAGAGUUUAAGGCUGAGAACAGCAGACAGAACCGGGUCUGCAGAGGGUGUUUCCUGGCAGAGCCGGUGGCCCCUGCAAGUCCCAGUGCUGAGGCUCCCUCUGAUCCCAAGCAGAACACAGAGAAAUCCCCAACUGUGGAUCCCCAGCCCAGCCUCAUCUGCAGUCCCCUGUGGCUGUCAGACAAUGGUACAUCAUGGAAGGAAGUGUGGGCCACCAUCCCUGCAUCGGACCCCCGGGUGCUGGACCUGCGUGGCAGCAGCGAGGGUGGUCGGCUGCCGCGUGCCAUCCCUCUCUCUGGCUGCAGGGUGAGCGUGCCAGACCCCGAGGAAGGGCUGGCAGCGGGGCACCUGUGGAAGCUGCAGCAGGGCCAGCAGCGCUGGUUCCUCAGGGCCCCCUCCAGGGAGCUGCAGAAGAGCUGGCUGGAAGCCCUGCGUGCUGCUGCCCAAGGGGACCCUGCCCAGGACAGCCCUGGUACCCCACGGCCCCAGGCCCUGGCUGGCACGGCCACUCCCUGAGCAGAGCUUUCCUGCCCUUUGUGACAAGGCCACGUCGGGCCCCUGUCCUCCUGGGAGGUGCUGAGACCACGUGAAGAAGCAAUGCACUCCUGGGGCUGCUGAGGGCAGGCCGAUGGCUCAGACCCCGGAGGCUCUCUCUGCUUUGAAGAGGAGAAAUUGAGGCCCAGAGAAGAGCAUCCGCUUGCCCAGAUCACCCGGCAGGUCUCAGGAAAGAGCUCAGCUGCUGACUCUAGCCCCCCGUGUGGCUGGAGCAGGGAGCAUGGGCUGCGGCCAGAGUUCACGUCCUCCAGGGAGGCCCUGUGGAGGCUUCUAAGACAGAAGGAGGCUGCGUGGGUGCUACACAGGAAUGACACCUCCGCGGGACCCACUGUUGCCCCGGGAGUGGGUAGUGCUGCCCAGGGUCUGUCCCGGCCUCUGCCUGUCGUGUCCACGCUGUGUGAGCUGGACCAGGAUGCGCUUCCCAGGGCUCCCCCUCCCUUCUCUGCCCUCUCCCAAGUCCCGACCCCGGGACUCACAGUUCCUGAACAACCACACUCAGAAACUCUGCGGGGAGGCUGGGCCUGGCCCCCGUGUGGCAGGCGUGGGAGACUCGUGGCUGUCCCCUUCGUGAGCGGAUGCCGUGUUGUCCGUGUAAAUAAAUGCCUGCUGGCAGCAGGUGGGCACAGCCCGGUCGCUCUGCCGCGCCUCCCUGCAGGGCCCCCACGAGGAACAUGGUGUCAGAGGCGGGGUCCAGGGUGACAGAAUCACCCAGGCUGCACACCUGGCCCUGCAGUUCUAUAUCCCUGGUCCUGCCAGGGGUGUCGGUGGGUGACUGUGCCGUAUGACGGGGUGGGGUCUUGUGUACAACA